AUGGCCUCAGGUGGUUUCUGGAAGAAGAGGGCUCUGCGCGUACCUGAUGAACGGCGACAAAAUCCACAAAUCACUCUUCGCAACUCCAUUUGGCCCAUCUGUCUUGUUACCACUCUUUUCUUUCUCUGGGGAUUUUCAUACGGCCUUCUCGAUACCCUGAAUAAGCACUUUCAAGUCACACUCAACAUCACAAAGGCAAGAUCUUCGGGGCUCCAAGCCGCGUACUUUGGUGCAUAUCCUUUAGCAUCUUUGGGCCAUGCUGCUUGGCUUCUUCGGCACUUUGGCUACCGGACUGUCUUUAUUUAUGGCCUUGUCUUAUACGGAGUUGGAGCGCUUCUCGCCAUUGCGGCGAUCAAGGCCAAGAGUUUUGGCGGUUUUUGUGCCUGCAUUUUCAUCAUAGGCAACGGGCUUGGCUCUCUGGAGACUGCAGCCAAUCCGUACAUCACUGUUUGCGGACCUCCUAGGCUGGCCGAAAUCCGUAUCAACAUUUCCCAAGCUUUCAACGGCAUUGGAACUGUCGUUGCUCCAGUACUUGGCUCCUAUGUCCUCUUCACUUUUGACGACCAAACGGCCCUCGAAAAUGUCCAAUGGAUAUAUCUAUCCAUUGCCGUGUUUGUAUUCAUCCUGGCAGCGAUUUUCUUCUUCUCAGUCAUUCCAGAGAUAACGGACGCGGAUAUGCAGCUUCAAGCAGAGCAAAGCACCGUUGGCGCCUCUGACCUGCCUCUGCAAAAGCAAUACAGGCUGUUCCACGCAGCCUUUGCUCAAUUUUGCUACGUUGCAAGUCAAGUCGCCGUGGCUAGCUUCUUCAUCAAUUACGUCACGGAGGUGCGCGCCGAUACUCCCAACUGGAUGGGCUCCCAACUUCUCGCGGGUGGUCAAGCAGCUUUCGCCGUUGGAAGAUUUGUCGGUGUCGGGCUGAUAUAUCUCAUGCGACCUCGAUGGGUCUUCUUGGGCUUCCUUACCCUAGUCAUCGUCUUUACUGCCUUGUCCAUUGGUCUUCGCGGCAAUGCUGGUAUUGCGAUGCUAUACUGUAUCUUACUCUUUGAGUCCAUCUGUUUCCCCACCAUUGUAGCACUCGGCAUGAGAGGGCUGGGCCGCCACACAAAGGUCGGUUCUGGGUUUCUGGUUGGCGCAGUAUUGGGCGGAGCUGUCGGUCCACCGCUCAUGGGAUACGUUGCCGAUUUGUACGGCACAGGUCUCUCCAUGUUCAUCCCUCUCAUCUUUUUCGUGGCCGCCUUGACGUAUCCUAUCGCCGUGAACUUUGUUCCGGCCUACAGAAAUGUAGCCGACUCGUUCAGUGAAACGAGUCAUGCGGCUGAAAUUCAGGCUGUUGGGAAGAUUGAUGCUGAAGCCGAGAUUGUUGAACAUGCUGAGGAGAAGGGGGCCGCAAAGGCGACUGUCUGA